GGACUUUACCACUUUUUUUUUAGAUAGAUAAGUCCUCAACACUUUUGCAUUGAAUCCCUAUUUAUGAAUCUUUUGCUUGUAAUGGUAUUUUAUGAAUUGAUGGAUCGUGUUCGAUAAUUUCGCAAGGAGAGUUUUGUGUGGGUUUCGCAUGGGAAAUUGUUCUACGUGUACGAUACGCAAGGUAGAGACAUGAAGGGACUUAAUUUCGCAUCGGCAUCGGCGUGGGCGAGGUCGAGACCGUGUGUGAAGACGACUUCGUGGACUUGUGGGAGAUGUGUACAGAGAGCAACUAGGAAAUCUUGGGUGCAGAAUGCGGCGUAUUCGACGGGGAAGAGAGGGGGAAAUGGUUAUGGUUACGGUUAUGGAAAUGGAAAUGGAUAUCAGCAGAAUGGGAGGGGAAAUAAAGUGAUUAUGGCUUCUGCUGUGGGGGGCGUAGCGGCAACAGGACUUGCUUUCACGGAUGAUAUAAGGCAUGCAUAUGAAGCGGUUGAGAGGACGGGGAGAGUGGUCAGUACGUUGUUUGUUUGUAUCAAUGAUUAUCGAGUUACGUUGAACCAUAAUGAGAAGAUUGGAGAUGAAGCCGAACAGGAUAGGAGGUUGAAAGAUUGUCAUCAGAGAUGUGCAGACCGGACAUUGAGAGUCUUGGAGAAGAAUGGGAGUAUAUUUAUAAAACUCGGGCAACAUUUGAGUGCUAUGAAUUAUCUUCUACCUCUAGAAUGGACGACUACAUUUAUACCCUUGCAGGAUAAAUGCCCCGUUUCAUCCUUGGAAUCGAUAGAGAAUAUGUUUAUGGUGGAUACCGGCGAACAACUUUCAGAUUACUUCUCGGAAUUUGCACCUCUGCCGAUAGGGGCAGCGUCUUUAGCUCAGGUGCAUUUAGCUACUGUCAAGGAAACGGGACAAAAGGUUGCAGUGAAGGUUCAGCAUCCAAACUUGGCGGAAUGGGCGGCUCUUGAUCUGGCAUUAACUAGCUUUACAUUCGCGACGUUGAAGAGGUUCUUCCCAGAGUAUGAUCUAGAAUGGUUAUCAUCGGAAAUGGAAAUUUCAUUGCCAAUCGAACUGGACUUUACUGAAGAGGGAAAGAAUGCUUUGCGGACAAAGGAUUACUUCUCACGGAUACCGGAAUUACCAUUGGUUAUACCUGAUGUUUUGUGGGCAAAGAAACGCAUAUUGGUAAUGGAGAAUGUUGCAGGACACCGAUUAGAUGAUCUCGAAUUUCUUGAUUCUAAUGGCAUCGAUCGCGAUGAAGUUUCCGCUGCCCUCGCCCGUAUCUUCAACGAAAUGAUCUUUGGCAACAAUGCUCCUCUACAUUGUGAUCCUCACGGGGGCAAUCUUGCCAUUCGCAAAAACGACAAUCGUCGUGGCGUCAAUUUCGACGUAAUUCUUUACGACCAUGGUCUGUACCGCGAUAUACCUCUCGAACUCCGUCGCUCUUAUGCAAAACUCUGGCUGGCAGUAAUUGAUGCUAAUGAACCCCGCAUGCGCAAAUACGCUAAAGAAGUGGCUGGUGUAACCGAUGAACAAUUCCCCCUAUUCGCCUCGGCUAUUACAGGUCGCGAUUACACCAUCCUAACAAAAGAUGUAGCGCUUGAGCGAUCGGACGAAGAGAAGAAAAAUAUUAAUGAUGCGUUGGGUGAAGGAAUGCUUCAACAACUUGUACAAAUGUUAGGACAGGUUCCACGAAUUAUUUUGUUGAUAUUGAAAACGAAUGACUUGACGAGGAGUUUGGAUGAGAAUUUACAUACGCGACAGGGACCUGUAAGGACUUUCUUGAUUCUGGCGAGAUAUUGCACGAGAACGGUAUUUGAGGAACAGUUGGAGCAGAUCAAAGCAAGAGGAAGUCUUUUGUGGCCGGCGAACGGUAUUAGAUUGUUGGUGGCGUGGUUAGGGUACAUGAGGGUGGAGCUGAAAUUGGAAGCUUUUGAGGUUUGGUUGAGAGCCAAGAGAAUCAUGGGUACAGCGUGAAGAUCAGGGAUCAAGAGAUAAUGUUCAUAAGGAGUGGUUAUAUUGAGCGUACAUUGCGUGCAUAGGUUAGUUAGCGGAGGGAAAGAAGUGUUUUCCUUCCUUCCUUCGGAUUGAUGUAUUGGGGUUAGUUGGACUUCUUCCUUUUUAGCGUGCAUGCAUGAAGAUUAUUAUAGAUAGAUUUAGAAGAGCCAAAAGAUGUAUAGCGUGUAUGGAAUAGGAUUUCUAUUAUCUUA